CUAUUUGGCAAUUGUUAUUAUCGUCGCCGUCGUCGUCGGCACUCGGUAACAGUCGUUCGUCCGCACUCGUGACGGGGCGCGUCUUCCGCGCAAGUGUCGGAAGACUGGUGGCCGCGGACGGGAACCGCGUUCGAACGGCGUUCGGGUACACUUCGGCGCGGGUCGUCGAACAACGCGCGUAGUCACACCGACGACGACGACGACGACGACACCGCUGCGAUGACGACACGGCAACGGUAAUACGCGCGCACGUUGUCGUCGACGGGAACAUUUAUUUCCCUCGCCGUUUCGCACGACGUGACUCGGUGGCGCGCGGACGACUACCCCCGGUCCUGUCGCCGAGUGGCAUUUCGCGUCCGUCGCGCGCGCGAGUUCGUCGUGCGUCUCUCUCUCCGCUCGUGUGCCGUCUCCUCGCGACCGCGCGCACGUGACACACCAUCGCUCCGGGCUUCCGGUCUUCGGAACGGGGUUGUUCGCGGUCCCCCUGUCUCCCCCCGACAACCGAAAUUUGCCUGCCCAUAAAUCUUGAUCCCCCGCGCAGGUGUGGUGUUGACCAGUCGGGACCGGAGACCGGAGACCGCGCGUGCACGCGACACGAUGGACGACUCGUACGGCGACGUCUACGAGCUCAACGACACGGCGACGUUCGCGUGGAGCAACGACACGGCCGCCGCGGGCCAGAUGUGCCGUGCGGACACGGACGGGUUGUGGGGCACGACCGCGUUCCAGACGGUUGUCUACCUGAUGUACACCGCGGUGUUCGUCGUGUCGCUGGUCGGCAACGGGCUGGUAUGCUACGUGGUCAUGUUCUCCGCGCAGAUGCACUCGGUCACCAACCUGUACAUCAUGAACAUGGCCGUCGGUGACCUGCUCAUGACGCUGUUCUGCGUUCCGUUUUCGUUCGUCGCCACGCUCAUGUUGCAGUACUGGCCGUUCGGCAGCGAUCUGUGUCACACCGUCAGCUUCGCGCAGGCCGUCGCCGUACUGGUGAGUGCGUACACGUUAGUGGCCAUCAGCGUCGACAGAUAUAUAGCAAUUAUAUGGCCACUGAAACCUAGGGCUGGCAGACAACAUGCUAAAUACAUAAUAGCAUUAGUUUGGACAGUGGCUGUAAUUACAGCAUUUCCUAUACCACUCGUCACGACGUUGGAUCAGCCGUCGUAUUGGCAUCAGAAAUGCGGUCUUUACAUUUGCAACGAAACGUGGUCCAGUGAAAAUGUCCGACAUUUCUACAAUGUGGCACUGUUGGUGCUUCAAUACUGCAUACCAUUCGCCGUUCUAUUAUUUACAUACGUUAAUAUCGGGGUAGUCGUAUGGGGUAAAAGAACUCCAGGUGAGGCGCAAAAUUCCAGAGACGUUAGGAUGGCCAAAUCAAAAAGAAAAAUGAUAAAAAUGAUGGUUACUGUGGUCAUAGCAUUCACGGUUUGUUGGCUGCCAUAUAAUAUCCUAUUAAUCCUGUGGGACCACGAGCCGUCGCUGAGCUCCUGGAGCAGCCUGCCGUACGUGUGGUUCGUGUUCCACUGGCUGGCCAUGUCGCACACGUGCUACAACCCGCUCAUCUACUGCUGGAUGAACACGCGGUACCGGGCCGGUUUCGCCGCGGUGCUGCGCAACGUGCCCGGUUGCGGUCGGUGCAUGGACGGUUACCUGCGAGCCCAGCAGCACCAGUUCCGGCACUACAGCCAGAACGAUCCCAGCCAGGCGGAGGGCCUGCACCGGAUCAACACGUCGUCGUCGUUCGUGUCGGUCAAAUCGCGGCUCAAGUCGUUCAACGGGCGGCCCGCGGCGUACGGCCGGAGCUGUCGCAACUGGCACGAGGACACUCUGUAGGGACCGCGUGCCCUCGGACCACCGUCGCGACACGCGCGCCCGUGUAUUGUCGUACAGCGGAGCGCUCGACGUGAAUCGUUACGACGGAAGGAUGAUCGACACGAGAUCGUCUCUCACGCACUCUGGUUCGGAUCGUAUGCGCGCGCGUUGAUCGGCACUCGAGUGAUUAUCCAUGAGAGAAUGUGAUUUUCGUUUACGUCCAAAGCACCCCAACACUCACAAUCAUCACCUACUCUCCCCUGCCCUUGCAGCCGACUCGCUCGACGCGGUUCCCCCGUUGUUCACUCGGAACGCCAAGCAGUGCGCACACCUAGAUGGAAUUGGAGUCCGCGAAACCGAACGUUUCGCGAAAUCGUAGGACCCGCCGCUUCGGGCGUGAUCGUUUUACCGCGUGCGCGUACUUACGUUACGAGACUCACGGUAAGUAGCUGAAGUGCGUAACUGUACGCGCAAUGGUAUACGUAAAUCGUCCAAAAUCUAUUAAGCGAUAGCCACGCCCACACGUAGCAAAGUUGAGUUCAGUAGUUCGAAUGCGUUGCCGUUAGCUUUAAUAAUGGGAAAAACUGACCUAUAAUAAUCUAACGAUAUGGGAAGAAAAUUAUCCGUGUUUUGUUGGUCAGUUUUUUUCCGAUGUUUAGGGUUUACGAGUUAUGAUUUUUUUUUUUUUUUUAAUUGUAAAAUUUUACACGCUCAUACUCGUUUUAAAAUUAAAAUAUCAGAAAAAAUCGAUCGAUAAAAUUCGGGUAAUGUUCUUCCCUUAAAGUUUGAUUAUCGUUCGGUUUAUUUUAAUCUUCAAAGAAUGUUUCUAAUGUUAAUCGUCACUACAUUUGAACUACGGAACGUAAAUUUGCUAUGUUGUACGUUCAUUAGACGGAGAAACACGUGUGGGUGUGGCGUCCUCUUAACGCGCGCAGCAAUCCAUCUGUCCCCGUGCGACGCAAAUUGUUGAGGGUUUCGUUCAGUAAUAUUAUGUUACAUUAUUUUUAAAUUGGAUUUCUCGGGAAAAAAUCCGUGUACAACGAAAACCUGACGUGCUCUCGUCGUAUAUUUAAGCUCCACCGUUGGCCAAAUGACGAGCUCCACGUCUAGAAAUUCUAAGAUCCGUGUACUUCCGAGUAUCUAUUAUAAUAUACAGGGCCGAUUUUGUGGAAAGUGGAGAGUAGCAAUUCUCCAUAAAAUACGAUUUUUUUUACAUCCCCAUAUUCAAAAAAUAUUAUAAUAUAACGUUUUAUUUACAAUACAAAUUAA